AUGAAAAGCUCCUUGCGUGUGCCUAAUUUUGUUGUUGCUUUUGUCAGUGCCCCGCAUUGCGCAAAAUUAGAACCGGGAUCCGUACGAACUAACUCCGGGGUGGACACUGCUGGUCGCAUUUUUCAUGGCAGUGAGACCGGCAUCACGCUGUCUCGAUCCAGAGCUAGCAUGGGAGACAUCUUGCUGGACACAAGCGGCGGUGGUGUGGACGAGCGCAAUGUCGCCAAAGCAGCCUUGGACGCGGCCGAAGAACAGCUUCAAUCCUUGUGUGCAUCUCAUGCCGGCACUUUCGUUUCGGUGGAGCGACGCGGACGGGCCAUGGAAGACGCUCUGCAAGAAUUACAAGCGACAAUUAAGCGCGCAGAAGCUCAAGUUGUCAACGCACAGCAAGCUUUGGAACAAGACGAUGAUAAGGAUACGUCGUUGGCGGUAUUGUCUGAAAAACACAGGGUUCGGCGACGAACCUUGCUGCAGCAUUCCUCCCUGCUGGAGUUGUUGGAGUUACCGUCCUUGAUGGACGCCUGUGUGCGAUCGAACUUGUACGAAGAAGCGUUGAGCAUUGCAGCAUUUUCGAAUACGCUGGAACGCCGCCACGGAGAUAGCAACGACGUCGUGAAGAAAGUCAUCCUUCAAAUUCGCUCUAGACAAUCGGAUCUCCGUCGCCACCUUUUGCAUCGUCUGAAAGCACCCGUGACUAUGCCGGACUGUCUUGAAGUCGUUACAGCUUUGCGACGGCUCAACUCCAUCGACCUAGAGCGGCAGUCGGAAGCGAAUUUGGAGAGAGUACAUGCUGCAAUGGAAUUGCGACUGCAAGUCGAUUUUCUGGAAGCUCGCGAUACAUGGUUGGAUUCAACACCGUCCUUCACUACUGGUCGACCUUCUGGAGCGGCGGAGGAGCUUUUGGACAUUAUCGAGCGCUACCGAACACGCGUUUUUGAAGUCGCUACUCAGUUCAAUGCCAUUUUUAGACAGCAAUCAAGCAAACCGGAAUCGACCGUUUCUCUUUUGAGUCUGUGGACAUCUAGACGCAUUCAUUCAUUUCUAUCAUUGUUGUCUCUCCAUCUUGCAUCGAUGGAUGACGCCGCAUCUUUGCGUGAUGCUCUCGAGGCUUCCGUAUUUUUCGCAAGCUCGAUGGGUCGACUUGGCGCAGACUUUACUGCUCAGCUCCCUGCCUUGUUUGAACCAAAGAUGCAUGCUUUGGUCGUGGCCCCUUGGAAAGAAGGAUCUCAUCAACUCAUAGAGACCCUCAAGAUUUGCGCCGAUGCCGGCAUUUCCUCUCCACUCUUGAGCCAUGAUCCGGAACCGGUUGGUAGCGUACUGGUUGGUCUGACCGAGCCCCAGCCACCCCCUAGAGUACUUAUGUCAGUACCUCCGUUGGCACGGUUUGUCAACUCUAUUCUGACGGGCCUGAAUGAGCUUCGACGUUGCCUAUUGCCUGGUAUAUUUUCCAGGCUCCGCACUUCGCUCGACGAACUGUUGCAAGGUAUACAAGUGGACCUCCAAGCGAAUGAGCGGUCAGUCCUAACUCCCGGGCUGCGGGGCGAUGCCAAGGGCCUGCGUGCGGCUGCAGAACAUCUCCAGUCAGUGUUUUCGCGGAUUGUGGAGCCAUAUGCACGUGGAUCUUUGGAAGCCGCUCUCGGCUACGAAGCUCGAGCAGAGCACUUUCAUCAGAUUCUGUACAAGAAUGAACGAGGGCCCGAAUUAGUAACCGGGGUGGAAGGUGUGACAGAAGAGAAAAAUGACUCAACCGAAGAGAGCAUGAUUGAUCCAACGGAAUUUGACGCAAGUGAAGACGCGAAACAGACAAAAACUGAAGGCUUUCUGGACAGAGCCGAAGUCGAGGUAGCUUCACUGGAAGGAGAAGCAAAUGUGGAGGUAGACGAUUAUUGA